CUCUAAGCAUUUAUUACAAAAAUUUACAUUGAACUUAAGAGAGCAUGAAUAAAAUUAUAUACGGCAUUGCGCUUAUGGUGCUGAUCUCUGAGGGAUUCAGUGCAGCGCGCAUAUUAAUCGAGCUAUGCACACAUUUAAGAUUUAUAAAGCUGGAGCUUGAUAAUAUGAUGUGGCUACUUGUGCAGUUAUUGCAGCUAGUUGGCUUUGGCUUAUUGGCAAUUGGUGUUAUAAAACGUUAUAGAUUGUUGCUGCAAGUUUGGCUGCUGUUUGCCUAUGCUCAAAUCAAAUGGAUUAGUAUGCUACAGUUGCUCAUAAGCGUAUAUGCAUAUAUGUUUAGCAACAAAUACGAAACUAAGCAAGAGUUUCAGCAAGAGUUUACUAAUAAGUAUGCGCCAUUGAUUGAACAAGUGCUACGUCGUUUGGGCAAUAUACUAAUGAUCUAUAGAUACUACAAAGAUCUUGAGCCAAGCAAAGCCCCUAUACAAGUGGCACAGCUGGCUGCCAAGCUUAAAAUCAAAUAAUACAUUAAACAGUUUGUUUAUUGCAAAGCAAAAAUAUACAAAAUUA